GGAAGGGACGAGUUGUGUGUGUGUGUGUGUAUACCAUAUAAACGCACACGCGACGAGUAUAAAACAGAAACUUCAGAAAGACCGCGGACUUUGAGAGUUGACCAUGUCUCAACAGAGCGAACAAGAGGAAGUGAAGAGGCCUGAGGUGAAAACGGAGGAUUUGAUUGGAGCCAGAGAUAAACUUGCAUCUGGAACUGAGGUGAAGAGCAAGACUUUUGAGGUGAUGCAGGAAUGUGAACGAGCUGGGAAAGCCGCUCCAUCUGUCUUCAGCAAGGUUCGCUCAGGAUCAGAGACUGCCUUUAACAAACCCACCAAGAGGAAGUAACACUGUAGGACUAUUCUGUUUUAUUGAAUCAUACAGCUGAAGCACGUGGUGCAAAUUAAGAUUGUAGGAAAAUAAAUAAAAGUUUGAAAAAAAUCUUAAUAA